UGCGCAUGCUCUAAACCCGAGCGUGCUUGUGUUGACGUCAAGGCUAACAGGGAAAACUGUCUGUUGCAGGCAGUGAGAGUCGUAAGAACCUCAGUUAGCAGUAAAGUUUAACGUUAACUUCAUAAUGGCACACUACAGAGCUUCAGAGUCCAAACGAGAGCAGUUUCAAAGAUACCUGGAGAAGGCUGGUGUCCUUGACAGCCUCACCAGUGUGCUGGUGGCAUUGUAUGAAGAGACGGAGAAACCCAACAAUGCGCUUGAUUUCCUCAAGCAGCACUUGGGUGUGGCUGGCCAGGAGUCUGCAGACACUGAGGCACUCCAGCAGGACCUAAGAGACAUGAGGCAGAGGUGUGAGCUGCUGGCCGAGGAGAACAAAGGACUCAAGAACAGGCUUCAACGCUAUGAGCCUACACAAGAGGAUGGAGCUGCCGACUAGGAUGUGCCUCGGCUUUAUUGAAGUAAUUUAGUUAGAAACUCAGAUUUUUAGGGCGAGUCGAAACCAACAACUGGAGGCAAAGGAUUUUAUUCACCUCUGUUCUUUUUUCUUUUUUUUUUGUAUAUUUGAUAUAUUGAAAUAUAAUAGCUUUUGUCCUUUGACUGUCUCCCCUCAUAAAAGCAAACCCCCCUUUUCUGCUUUGUGUACUUAACCUACUGUACACCAAUGUUUUGUAUCUAGUAAACAAACAUUAACGUAA